AUGAUCUCGGACUCUUACGACCUCAAGCUCGUUGACGGUGUCGUCUACGAGGCCGACUGCGCCCGUAUCAACGUUGGUGGUGACAACAUCGGUAUGCUUCUCCUGGAUCCUCAACAACUUUCUCGACAUGCCCCAAGGGCUAACAAUCUUCCCUUCANNGACAUCGGUGCCAACCCCUCCGCCGAGGAGGGUGGUGACGAGGGUGCCGACGACCAGACCACCUCUGUCAUCGACGUUGUCCACUCUUUCCGCCUCAACGAGACUUCCUUCGACAAGAAGUCCUACCUCGGUCACCUCAAGCAGUACAUGAAGAAGGUCAAGGAGUCCAUGAAGGAGAGAGGUGCCUCUGACGAGGAGAUCAAGGAGUUCGAGACUGGUGCCUCCACCUUCGCCAAGAAGAUCGUUGGCAACUUCAAGGACUGGGAGUUCUUCACCGGCGAGUCCAUGGACCCCGACGGCAUGGUCGUCCUCCUCAACUACCGCGAGGAUGGCAGUACGUUACAUCAUCCUACCUUACAUGAUGGUAUCCUUGCUAACAUACCUUCCCUUUUAAGCCACGCCUUACGCAGUUUUCUGGUGAGGGGAAAAGAAAAAGAAGAAAAAAGAGAACAAGGCUAA